AUGGAGCCUGACGAUGUUGAGAUCUCUUCUUCUAUGUUUACUUCGGUUUCUAGAACUCGUAAACCCAAAAAGGGUUCUAUCAAUGUUAGGAAAACUAAGGAAGAGUUUCUGAGGAAUUUUAAAAGGUUUGACACUGUUGAGGAUUGCACAGACCAUCACUAUGUUUCUAAGGGGAAAGCUUCAAAGCAGAACUCAAAGAAUUGGGUGAAAGCCGUUCAAAAUGAUUGGAAGAUUCUCGAGAAAGAUUUGCCAGAGACAAUAUUUGUCAGAGCCUAUGAAUCAAGAAUGGAUCUUUUGAGAGCUGUAAUUAUUGGACCCGAAGGAACUCCAUACCAUGACGGUCUUUUCUUUUUCGAUAUCCAAUUUCCGGAUACUUAUCCUUCGAAGCCACCAAAAGUUUAUUACCAUUCGGGCGGGCUUAGAAUCAACCCGAAUCUAUACAAGUGUGGUAAAGUAUGCUUGAGUCUUCUCGGUACCUGGUCCGGUAGGUCUAGGGAGAAAUGGCUCCCAAAAGAGUCGACAAUGUUACAGCUUCUCUUCUCAAUCCAAGCACUCAUCUUGAACCAAAAACCAUACUUUAACGAGCCUGGCUACGAGGGGAGCCAGGGGACUCGUUCAGGGGAAGCUCAUUCCAAAGCUUACAGUGAGAACGUCUUCAUUUUGUCAUUAAGGACGAUGGUUUACAGCAUGAAAAAACCACCAAAGCAUUUUGAAGAGUUUGUUCGUAGCCAUUACUUUAUGCGGGCACUCGACAUAGUGAAAGCGUGCAAUGCUUAUAAAGAUGGAGCUCCUGUUGCAUCGAUGGUUAAAGGCGGAGUUCAAGAUAUCGAAGAAACUAGCCAGAGCGGUUCUAAGAAGUUUAGGACUGAUGUGACUAGCUUUAUGAAUACAGUGGUUGAAGAAUUCGUUAAGUUAGGAGUCAAGGAGAUUGAAGAGAUGGAGAAAGCUAACGCAGAGAUUACUAAUACCGCGAAUCGCAAGAGAAGCAGAUCAUCAAGGUGA